AUGACCAACUGUACCUUAUUAACGUGGUUAAGCCUUGUUGUACUACUUCCAACAGUAAGACUAGCGGUAGUUAAACCUAAACCGAUAACAUGCGCUGCCGUAAGAAAUCUAUACCAUACGUCGCGCAAUGGAUAUUUUACACUCUACGACUCUAUCAGUAAACCUUAUCUAGCAUUUUGCGAUUUCCAAUCUGAUCCUGGAUUCGCAUGGACACUUAUAGAAUCACUAUCAACAACCAAUGCACGAACCCCUAAAUUUAGUACGGGAUUUUAUUACAAUGUUCCAUCGAGCGAGUGCACACCUAAUUGGUCAUGCUAUCGACUUUCGAAAGCUAGAAUGGUGGCAUUAAAAAAUGCUCCAUCCUCGACUCAUUUCCGUGCGACAUGUAACUUUAAUAGCCAAAGCGUGAAAGGACUGCAAAAUCGUCGUGAUUACUUAAGGGCAUCAUUUUGCGCAGUUAAUUUUUUUUUCGCUGUUAAGGUUAAUGCGGCGUGUGUGACAGUCGAUUAUAUCAAUGUUCGCGGGCAUUCUUGCAGAAAAUGCAGCAUUCCAUUCUGGACUAGUAAUAUUUGGCAUUUACAUAUAGAUCUUCCGCAGGCGGCAGCGUCCUGCGGAAAAUUUGAAGUUCCUAAUCAAGUACAAAGUGAAGAUGUUUUUGGUGCCUAUUGGAAAGUUAAUCCUUUCUUUUCUUGUACUGCAACAAGCGCAUCAACAACUAAUUGGUGGAUCGGCGGCCCAUACCUGAAAUAA